CUUUACAAGAUUGAAUGGAAUGAAUGAAUGAACUUGACAUUUCCCGGGGCCAGAAGCAGUGGGUACGAGGGACACACACGUAUGAAAGCUCUUCCCAGGCACCUAGGAGACCCUGACCUCACAGAGAAGCUCGUCUGUUACUGAGCCCCCUACAGGCUAGGCUCCAAGGUCAGGCCAGGCCUGAUUGCACCCUGUCACCUUGACGACCAGCCUAAAGGACGGCUGGGAAAAGGCGGAGCCAAGCGAGUCAACCUCGCGAUAAUUCCUCGACCAGUGCUUUAACUCUGGGUUCUGAGCGGGACGUGUCGGAAAUAUCGCGAGACUUUGCCGCUGUCAGGGCGCCCAGGCCGGCUGUAAGGGGAGCUGAAGCUGGCGUUGAAGCUGGAGCUAGAGGUACUGCGGCAGCUGCAAGGGAACAUGUCCGACUCAGACCUUGGCAGAAAGUGGGACCGGUGCUUGGCCGACACCGUCGUGAAACUGGGUACAGGGUUUGGACUGGGAAUUGUUUUCUCACUUACAUUCUUCAAAAGAAGGAUGUGGCCAUUAGCCUUUGGUUCUGGCAUGGGAUUGGGAAUGGCGUACUCCAACUGUCAGCAUGAUUUCCAGGCCCCAUAUCUUCUGCAUGGAAAAUAUGUCAAAGAGCAGUGACUUAUGACUGAGAACAUCCCACUGGGAGGAAGAGAAAUCAUGUUUAUUCCUCAGGAAUAUUGAAGUGCCCUGGAGUAAGCUGAAAUUCUUCUAUAACAAUGUUAUCAGUAAAUGCUUUAUACUCCAGCACACUGUUUAUGUAUUUGAAACCAAGUCUGUUUCUUGUUUUGUAUUUUCUCUCUGGAAAUUACAAGAAGGUGGUCUUAGGAGAAAUAAAUUAAAUGAAAAUAG